AUGACACCGGCUGAAAUGUUGUUAAGCUUGAUAAGAGGUCCAAAAGUUUAUGCAUACAUUCGUCGUCAUGAUACAAUGUUCCCGAGUAAUUCACUGGAAUAUGUAAGUGAAACGAUGCUAACAGUUAUGAAUGGAUGUCGUACAGUGUGCUCAGUGGUUUCACCAUUUCUUCUUUUGAUUGCUUACAAUCGUUCGUUGUUGAAUGGAACAAAUUUAAUGAUGUUAGCAAAAUUUACGGUGACUUAUUAUGUAAUAGCGAUUAGCAUGAGAACUGCUGGAAGGAUAUUUAAUCCAGAAUAUCGCCGAUUUGCUGAUACGUUGUUUGAAGCCCACUUACAUGAUCAGAAUGCGAGAGCACUAUUAUUAGGAUAUGAUUAUGAGUUAUUUGCGGCACCAAUUGACUUUCGAGCUUAUCGAGAGUCUCGAAAAUAUUUCGAGACACCAAGGAAGUUUAAAUCUACUGGAAAUAUUUUCUACACAACGUUACGAGAUUGCCUAUCUUACAAUAUUGCUUACACUUUUGCACGUGUGCUUGUUUAUCCUGGUUCAGCAGCAUUAUUGAACAAAUUGAUCCAAUCAUUUCUGAUCGAGAAUCGACGGAAACUUGUGAUGGAAAGGGGUGCUAUGCGCGGUGUUUUAAUGACAAGAGAAGAUAACCGAGUGGAUACUAUGUUUGUUGAUCGUCGAGAACAGGGAGGAAAUGGUGAUAUUCUGGUUAUAACAUGUGAGGGAAAUGCUGGAUUUUACGAAACUGGUAUUAUGCUAAUGCCUCUUAUGCUGAACUAUUCUGUCCUUGGAUGGAAUCAGCCUGGGUUUGGUGAAAGUAGCGGUAUGCCAACACCAAAACAAACGGCUGCAUCAAUUGAUGCUGUUAUUCAAUAUGCAAUACAUAAAUUAGGUUUCGUGGAAGAUCAAAUUGUUCUUUAUGCAUGGUCAAUCGGUGGGUUUCCAGCAACAUGGGCUGCCGCCAACUAUCAAAAUAUCAAAGCUUUGAUACUCGAUGCAACAUUUGAUGAUCUCUUGCCUCUUGCUGCGGCGAAAAUGCCGAGAUCAUGGGCCCCGUUAGUUGAAUUUAUCGUUCGAACAUACUUUGAUAUGCCAGUCGCUUUGCAGUUGGCAUCAUAUCAUGGGCCUGUGACGUUAAUCAGGCGCACCCAAGAUGAAAUGAUCAUAACAGCAGAGGGAACAGACGAAGAACGUCUUGCUACAAAUCGUGCUAACAAUUUGUUGAAAUCACUUCUUCGUUCACGACAUCGCAAUCUGAUAAAUGAUGAUGAUGCGGAAAAAGCAGUGGAUGUUUGGUUAGCAGCAACUCCGCUGGAACGAAUAUUGAUGGCUAAGGAUUGUCCAACAACGCUAACAAUGGAUAAUGUCGAAAAUUUAACCAAACAAAAUCGGGACACACUUAUAUAUUGUUUAUGCUCGAAGUAUCUCGUAGAUUUUGAUUCCAGUCACAACACUCCGCUUGAUUCGUCAUUAUUCACUAUACCAACAUCGUUGUAG